CCCAGCCCGUGUUUUGCCAUGUCUAGCCACGUGAAUGCACAAGGGUAACACGUUUUUUCCUCUUCAAUUUAAUCGCUAAAACCCCUAAAUCGCUAAAGCCUAAAACCCUAAUUCCAGCUACUCGAGUUUGCUCAUUUUCUGCUUCUCAAGUUCUCAGAGCACCAUCCCCAAAGCUUGAUUCAUCUGCGAAAGAACUUUAAAUUAUUCACUGUUGAUUUGUCGAAUUGUAAUGGAGAAGGACACCUCGUUUCUCUUCUCCGGCAUCACUUUCAAUCGUAAAAAAUUUGCUAAUGAUUUCGCCAGGUUCAAGGAGAAAAAAGACACAGAUGAUGUUGGCGAGCCGUCAAACGUGGUUGAAAAUGAAGCCCCCGCGACAGAAGAGGACGUGAUGCGUGUUGAUAAGAAGAGGAAGAGAAAAGCAGACCGAGUCGAAGGGUUCAGCUUAUUUAAAAGUUCGGAAUCAAAAGCUGUAGAUAAAGCAGGGGACCAUAAUGAAAAUGAAGUUGUACAGCAGAAGAAGGAAUAUCAUCGGCAGUUGGAGAGGGAUGCUAUUUUUCGGAAGACUCAUAAUAUUCAUGUUUCUGGGAGCAAUAUCCCUUCCCCACUUAUGGACUUCACAGAGUUAAGAUCGAGGUAUAACUGCAGGUCCUAUCUAUUGCGCAACUUGGCAGAACUGGGUUUUAAGGAGCCAACACCAAUCCAAAGGCAGGCUAUUCCAGUCUUAUUAUCUGAAAGGGAGUGCUUUGCUUGUGCUCCAACUGGUUCAGGAAAAACCUUUGCCUUUAUCUGCCCUAUACUUAUGAAACUUCAGCAUGCUUCAAAAGACGGGGUUCGGGCUGUGAUUCUUUGCCCCACACGCGAAUUAGCUGCUCAGACAGCAAGGGAGUGCAAGAAGUUGGCUAAAGGAAAAAAGUUCUACAUCAAACUAAUGACUAAGCAGCUUGCGAAAGGUGCCGAUUUUUCAAAACUUCCUUGUGAUAUUCUCAUAUCUACUCCUUUCCGGGUGCAGUUUGCUAUACGCAAAAGAAAACUUGAUUUGAGCAAGGUCGAGUUUCUUGUUCUGGAUGAAUCGGACAAGCUUUUUGAGUUAGGUUUGGUCAAGCAGGUUGAUGCUGUGGUCAAAGCAUGCUCAAAUCCUUCAAUCUUGCGCUCAUUGUUCAGCGCUACUUUACCUGAUACUGUUGAAGAACUUGCGCGUACAAUUAUGCAUGAUGCUGUCCGUGUCAUCAUUGGCAGGAAAAACUCUGCAUCUGACUCCAUAAAGCAGAAGCUCAUAUUUGUGGGGAGCGAGGAAGGCAAGCUUAUCGCCCUUCGUCAAAGUUUCUCAGAGAGUUUGAGCCCACCGGUGCUACUUUUUGUUCAAAAUAAGGAGCGAGCUAAACAACUGUAUAAUGAGCUGAAGUAUGAUGACAUCAAAGCUGAUGUUAUACAUGCUGAUCUUUCUCAAAUACAGAGAGAGCAUGCAAUUGAUAACUUUCGAUCCGGAAAAACCUGGGUUUUGAUUGCUACGGAUGUUAUAGCCCGUGGUAUGGACUUCAAAGGUGUUAAUUGCGUGAUCAACUAUGAUUUUCCUGAUUCAGCAGCUGCAUAUAUUCAUAGAAUCGGUCGUUCGGGUAGAGCUGGGAGGACUGGUGAGGCCAUAACACUAUACACCGAAACCGAUGUUCCCUUUUUGAGAAAUAUAGCCAAUGUUAUUACAGCUUCUGGUGGUGAAGUGCCUGAUUGGAUAAUGGCAUUGCCGAAGAAAAAAUGGAAGAAACAUAGGCCCGGAAGAGAAUCGAUUUCUACUAAGCCUGAAAAUGAAGAUUGAGUGAUAAAAUUUGGAUUUUUUUUUUUGCUUAGAUUGGAUCAUAGCACUGUUUUGAUAGAAGAGUGUAUGUUUGUUUAUUUCUAACUGUGUGGAGAUUGGAGAUUUUACUUAGAAAUUUUAAUGAGAAAUGAUGACUAUGUCUUGGUUUUAUGAUUGAAAGAUCAAAAGUAGUUUAUCUUAUGAAAGUGAAAGCAGAAACUGCAAUGAGGUGGUUUAAUGGGUAACAUUUUGAACAAAAUUGAAUAUUG